CACAAACACGCAGUAUGGUCCGGGAAACCAGACAUUUAUGGGUGGGGAAUUUACCAGAAAAUGUACGAGAGGAAAAAAUUAUCGAGCACUUCAAACGAUAUGGACGUGUGGAGAGUGUCAAGGUCCUCCCAAAACGUGGAUCAGAGGGUGGAGUGGCCGCCUUUGUGGAUUUUGUGGACAUUAAGAGUGCUCAGAAAGCUCAUAAUUCUGUCAACAAGAUGGGGGACAGGGACCUACGCACCGAUUACAAUGAGCCAGGAACUAUCCCCAGUGCGGCUCGAGGCCUGGAUGAUAGCCUGUCCAUAGCCACUCGUGGACGGGAUGUUUCAGGGUUCACAAGGGGUGCAGGGGGCCCAGUGUAUGGGCCCCCUGUGUCACUGCACAGCAGAGAGGGACGCUUUGAACGCAGACUAGACGGGUAA